UGAGAAUGACAGUGAGUAGACAAACGUAGCCAACAACAUGUUCUACCUCCCACUUUGCGUUCUGUACUUCCUGGAGCUGCUCGCUUUGCUCUUCCUGAGACUCAUCGUCUGAAGGCUGCACAGCUAAGUCAGAUACCCCUGAAACAUGGACGUCUACGACCUCUUGUGGAUGAAGAGCCGGGACGUGGCCGAGCAGACGCUCCAAGUCCCGUUUGUUCAGCACAUGCAGGCCGGAGACCUGCAGGCGGACUGCUACACCUGCUUCAUGAUCCAGGACAUCAACUACCUGGUGAGGGUCACAGACAUGCUGGGAGUCAUGUGUGAGCGGGGGGGCCUCCCAGAGGACAUCCGUCUGUUCAUGGAGAACAGAUACAGGAGCUACAAGGAGUAUGCCAACCAAACCCUGCAUCAGUUCAACCUCAGAGGCGUGUCGGACAUCCAGCCCAUCCCAGCCAUGGAGAAAUACCUGAGGGAUUAUAAGGCCAUCAUGGAGGAAGAGGAGCCAAUCUUUUUUGCCGUGGCUCUCCUGCCCUGCGCCAGGCUCUGGCUGUGGCUCGCCACCAGCCUCCAGGAGAAGGAGUUAAACGCCUACUUCACCUGGAAGAAAAACAACAUGGUCGGUCACCCUGAGAAGCAUUACAGAGCGCUGCUGGACGGGCACCUGACAACCCCUGACCAGGUCCAACGGGCAGACUGGGUCUUCCGCAGGCAGAUGCAGAACGAGCACGACUUCUUUGCAGCUGCGCUCAGAUAGCAGAUAGCCAGCAGAGGCUGCAGCUCUGUCUUAGCUUUUGACUGCGUGAUUUAAAUAGCCCACUGUUUUAUGUCUCUUCCGGCUUUUGUGCUCCUUUUACCAGAAAUGUACAAGGCACAGACUUCUGCUCCAACAAUGCCUCAUUAAAACUAGAGUUUGAG